AUGGCGUUCGUCCGGAUGAUGCUGCGUCGUGCUCAGGUUGGCGUCAUGGAAUUGGACCCCACUGUAUUUGGUGAAGAAAUCCGUGUCGAUAUUAUGCAUCGCGUCGUCGUUUGGCAGCGCGCCCUGUGGCGAAAGGGCAAUGCCAAGACCAAGACUCGGGGUGAAGUUCGUGGUGGCGGCCGCAAGCCCCAUCCCCAGAAGGGCACGGGUCGCGCGCGAACUGGCAGCAUCCGCGUACCCAACUGGCGUGGUGGUGGUGUAGUGCACGGUCCCAUUCCUCGCGACUGGUCACAAAAGCUGCCGCGCAAAGUGCGCCAAAAGGGCGUUCGCGUUGCCAUCUCCACCCGCUACCAACAGAAUGAUCUAGUCAUCGUCGAUGAUCUGGUUCUGCCCACGCUCAAGACCAAGAGCCUGGCCGAAAUUGCUGCGCAACAUCGUCUGGAAUCGGCCUUGUUUGUUUAUGGUCAUGAUGAAGACAGCAUGAACCUGAAGUGGGCCUGCCGUAACAUGCCUGCCUUCCACGCUACGUCAGCUGCCGGUGCCCACGUGUACAACAUUCUCAAGCACGACAAGUUGGUCUUGUCCGUGUCGGCAGUUCGCGACCUGGAACGCCGCUUGCACCCAGUCAAUGAAGCUGAGUUUGAACUGGGCGAGUAUCAGCUGACAGACGAGGAUUUUGAGGACUUGUAG